AUGGAUUUGAACAGGCUGAUGACCUGCAAAGAGGUGUGCGCCGCCGCGCUCCAGGUGCCGCGCUUCCUGGAUGCGCUCUGCGAGGCCGCUGCGCGUUACGACGGGUGCGACAGCCUCACCCCCCUCCACCAGCUGCUCGACAGUGGCGGCCUGCGAGUCGCCGUGCGCGCCGCGCGCGAGCCCGGGCUGCUACACGCGGCCGCGCGGGUGGCGGGCGGCGGCGCGGGCCCCAAAGCCGGCGCGGCUUUGGGGUUUCUGGCGGCUUUACUGCAGGAGCUGGGCCGCGUGGGGGCUGGUCCGACGGGGCCCGCAGACGGCGAAGAUCCCCAGGUUGCGCGCGAAAACGUGGAAGCAGCGACCCCAGCCAUCGCAGACGCGGCGGCGCGCGGCGUCCUGCGGCUUGAGUCGCCGGAGUGUGUAAGGUCAUCCGUCGUCCUGCUGGAGGCCCUCUUGCGCGCCGACGGCACGCGGCCCGCCGCGGCGCUCGUGGCGCUUGCUGCGCCGCCCGUGGUGCCUUCGCUGCUGCGGCUGAUGAUGCAUCCGGACAGCUUGGAGCCGGCUGCGGGCUGCAUUGCAUUACUCAGCCGCCUCGAGCCGGGCCGCGCCGAGCUCAUGAAGACGCGUCCCGCCACCCUCACCACCCUUGCGGCCACGCUGCGACGCACGGCCGCCGCCGGCGACAGCACACCGCGCGCCGCGGCCUGUGUGGUGCGGGCGGUGGUCGAGCUUAUCCAGGGGGACAAGGCGGCCGCGGCGGCGUUCCUUGAUAUCGCCCUGCCGGGCAGCGUUUUGCCCGCGCUUGCACACCAUAUGUUAAACCCCGACGGCAGCAUGUGCCAUGGCGCUGCUGCGGUUGCCGCUGCCUUGGCGGAGGCCGCAGAGGCGGCCGGCCCGCAACGGCUCGCCGCCGUCGCCGCCGCGCCUGGCCUGCUGGCCGCGGUUGCGGCGGCCAUUGUGCGCGCGAUGAUGUCACCAGUGAGCGCCCCCUCCCAGGUGCGUUUCCACGCGCUUGACGAGAUGUUGACUAUGGACUGUGACGAGGCCAUCAUGCCGACAGUAGGCGACUUGGUUGAGUGCCUCGACCGCCUGACUGCUGCCGGCGCAGCAGCUGCAGAGUCGAUCGUUGGUGUUGAGGGCCUAGAGGCGGCACUGACGGCCGUGGCGGCAAAUCCUGCCGCGUGGGCGCGCAUGGAUGCUACCGCGGCGGCGGCGCGCGUGCUGCGGCGGCUGCGCGGCGCGGCGGCGGAGGCGGCGGCUGGGGAGGUGCGGGGCCAGGCGGUGCUGAGUGCGGUGUGCGCCACGUGCGGCAGGAUGCAGGCGGAGGAGGGCGUGAGGCUGCGCCUUUGCCGCGGGUGCGGGGCUGUCAGGUACUGCAGCGAGGCCUGCGCCAGGAAGGACUGGGUGGAGGGCAGCCACAAGCAGGCGUGCAAGCCGCUCAAGAAGAGUUAA